UCAGAACAGUGGAUGGUUGCAUUACACCAGGAAAACUUGUUUUACGUUGUAGGUGUGUGUAAUACUGAGAAUCAUUCGCUGGUAAAUUAUUUCGUACGAUGAUUUCCACAGCGCAUUGAUCGUCUUAGUUGCCUGUGUUGUGUGUUUACAGUAGAGCGAGCCCGAGCCGGCCCGCUGAUAUACUGUCAGAGUUAUAAACAGUGUGUCCAUAUCGCUCCCACAGUUGGCUGCCCUCUGCACACACACCGAGAGCAUGUGUCUAUCGUCGAGAUAUCGACACUCUACUACUGGUGGUGGUGAAAGACAACUUCAUCAAACUAACACAUAGUACUGUUGGGAUAUAUCAAAUCAUAUUCGGACGUUUGUGAAUGCAUUAUUCAAAAUGUACAUGUGGAUUUUAAGUGUUCUAUUUGUCGUCUGCUACGCUGUCCCGGGCUCCGUACACGGCAUAUCGCCGUUUGACACAAGAACCCACUAUCAAAGAUGCGAGCGGAUUACUAUCCCGAUGUGUUUAGAUAUGAAAUACAAUUUGACUCGCAUGCCAAAUCUUGUGGGACAUUCAAACCAAAAAGAUGCAGCUAUUCAAAUUCAUCAAUUUUUACCACUGGUACAACUGGGUUGUUCAAGACUGUUGCGUUUUUUCCUGUGUUCACUGUUCGCCCCCAUGUGUACGGAAAUGGACGACGAGACCUUUAUCAUACCUGUUUGUCGUUCUAUGUGUAUUGAAGUACGGACUAAGUGUGAACCCCUGCUCAGUAGGUUCAGCUUCGAGUGGCCACCGAUGCUGGACUGCUCCAAACUUCCCAACAAGGACGACCGGACUCCUAUAAACUUGUGCAUGGAGGCUCCAAAUGUAACGUCGGACCACGAGUUUGACUCGGGUAUGUUUGGGUCGGAAGCUGAGAGUGCUGAAUGGUGGAAGAUUCUAGAGAGUUGGAGGGAGAAAAAGAUGCCAAAUUUUGGUGGAAACAAUUCCAAGACAAAAGUAAUCAAAGAAAAAGGCGUUCGGGUAACUAGACCUCCAGCUCACCAGUGUUCUGACCGGUAUGUGCACGUGGAGAAGAUCGACAGAAACAAUUCGUGUGCUCCUAAGUGCAACAUUGACGUUUUCUUCCGUCAAGAAGACAAACGAUUUGCCGAGAUUUGGACUAUUGUUUGGGCUUCCUUAUGCUGUCUGUCAACAGUGAUGACAUUCCUAACCUUUGUCAUCGAUACCAGUAGAUUUAAAUACCCGGAGAGACCCAUCAUAUUCCUAUCCAUGUGUUACGCUAUUUACUCCAUGGCGUUCAUGAUCCGUGCAAUUACAGGUCCUAAUGCGAUUUCUUGUGAUAGAACACCAGACGGAACGGAGUUCUUGAUUCAAGAGGGACUGGAAAGUACUUGGUGUAUUAUAGUGUUUUUAAUCUUGUAUUUUUUCGGGAUGGCGAGUUCUCUGUGGUGGGUGAUACUAACCGUCACGUGGUUCUUGGCAGCAGGUAGGAAGUGGGGCCAGGAAGCAAUAGAAGCCCUCAGCAGCUACUUCCACCUGGCUGCUUGGGCCAUACCUGCUAUUAAGACCAUUAUAAUACUGACCAUGCGUCGAGUGGACGGAGACGAACUGACCGGUCUCUGUUUUGUGGGCAACCAGGAUCCGGCCGCUUUAACAGGGUUCGUUUUAGCACCAUUAAUUGUGUAUUUGAUUACCGGCACCAUGUUUAUUUUAGCCGGAUUCGUAGCUUUGUUCCGUAUCAGAAACAAUUUGAAAAUGGACGGAAGUUCCAAUAUAAGAAAACUGGAAAAGUUAAUGGCCAAAAUUGGAGUUUUCUCUGUACUGUAUACGGUACCAGCCACGUGUGUAAUUGGAUGCUAUUUUUAUGAACGCGUGCAUUUUCCUAUUUGGACACAACAGUCGAUGGACGCGCCAUGUCGUGUGUCAAAAAACCACAAAGACUGCACACUGGACAAAUCCAUACCUACAGUGGAAGUGUACAUGCUGAAAAUUUUCAUGUCCCUCGUGGUUGGUAUCACGAGCGGGAUGUGGAUUUGGAGUUCCAAGACUGCUAAAUCGUGGAGUAACUUUUGUUCACGGAGAUUCACCAGGCGGAAGUCAAAUUUUAACGGUGCAGGAACUGCAGGGUACCACCAGGCGCCUGUCAUAGUGAUGAAAUCACAACAUGGCCAAAAGUAUGUUCCCAAACCAAGUGGGUCACGGGUAUAACUUGUGUAUCAGCGUAUUUGUGUAGCUGUGUGAUUUAAAAGUGUAUAAAUGUGAGAAAAGUGCCGCUUUUUAAAUGAGUGUGUGUAAUUCAUGUGCGACUGAGAAAUUGGCGGAAAUUAUUGGUAGUCUUUCAGAUUUUUUGGAAAUUUCCUUUUUGCAAUAUUGCAAGUGGAUAUUACUCAGUAUAAUGUUAUACGAGUGCGUUACAUUUAGGGUUUAUAACACAGUGUUUAUGGCUGCUAUAUUUGAUUUUAAUAUUUUAAAAUUAAAAAAAAUAGGCUCUUAUGAAAGUAUUUCACAAAGCACCCAAAUUGAUCAGACGCUCAACUCCAUCGUUCACGAUAUUACAUAUGUACAUAGUGAAAUCGCAUUUGUUAUCUUGGGUAUAUGGACUACCUGUACAGCAAAACUUGCAGAAAUUCCCCCCUGCAUCCGGUGUGGAGUUAGUAUUACGUCGUAAGGUAGCGGUGGUACAGGUAGAUUAAUUACGCUGUUUAUGGCGGUUUCAUUUAGGCAUUUGGAGUGCCACAGGGUCUAGUUGGCAAAGGGAAUUCUAGCUUUAUGGCUACCCAUCAACCAGGCUACUAAUAGGGGUUUAAUAUUUCAACGUGGAAUCUGUGUUGUGUGCGCCAUUACCUAGGGUCACAAUACAGUGUUGUUGUAUAACAUUACACAGAGCUAUCGGGUGUGCGCUACAUCGGUUUAACAGUGCACUGGAGUAGUGGCGUAUUGUCGUCACGUAUAACGAGGGACACAAGAUAUGCCCUCCCAUUCUACACGGCCUAAUGGUAUAAUCGCCCUGUAAUGGCCACGCUUUGUCUAUAUCUUUUGUACCGAUAGGCGGAGUUCCACCACUCUUCUCUCUUUUUUCAUUUUUCUAAAAAGAUAAUUUUAUUUAAUCUUAAAGAAGCUCAAUAUAACGUUUCAUGUUUUUGUCACUUUAAAUUAAAACCCGUGCCAAGCAGUGCUUUUAUUUCAAACCUCUCCAACAAUUACAAUAUUGUCAAACUUGAGUGUAAUUCUUUCCGUCGGUCAUAAAUUUCUCAUCUCGAUUUGAAAUGAUAUUCAUGAGCCCUCCAGCAGUGCACUCUUGCUGUUUUAAAUAAAUUAUUUUCCUAAAUAAGGAAUUAUUUAUAACAAACAAGAAUUAUGCAUGAGGCAGACGUUUUUAUUUAUAUUCCAGACCAGUGAUGCAUCUCGCCCCGUGGUGAGAAGAGGCGAUCGAUUUUUGUUUAUCAUUGUGAUCUGUUGUAAUUCUGUGUAUUAACGGAACUACACAGUCCUAACAGUGAUGUAAUGUAUAAUACUAUCUCCAGUAUAUUGUUUCCUUCUGCUAAAAGUAGCUUCCCUGCCAACGACACGGUAAUUUACUCGUAAUGUACUGUUGCUUAUUAUUUUUAUUUACUUCCCUAAGAAAUAGGAACCGUUUUUUUCAUCCAUUAAGUAGGUAUUUUCUAGCCUAUUAUUGUUCCAUGUGAAUAUGAUAUUUCCACUUGAGGUAAGUGUAUGCAAUCAUUGGUAAGGUUGCCAUGUGUUCUGAACACUUUCUUUUUUCCUCCGUUAAUGACACUGUGCUCCCGUGUAGAUUAAACCCAGAACAAUAUGUGUACCAUCUACCCACAAUACCGGCAAUGUACGCGGCUAUUUUCAGUCACAACUUUUUUGGGGAGCAUUGAAGAUAUAAUUCAAUAUUUCUUUGGUUUAGUAAUUAAGUAAUUUUGUGAAAAUUCCACGUUUUUUCUUUCAUUUUGUUGGGUUUGCUGGAGAUCAAAUGGCCGGUACGGUUGAGGCGGACGGCAUUUUGAUGAGUGUGUGAUAGCUUACAGACGAAGCUUCACUCCAAGGCAGCGGGGACUCGAUAGAAACCCGCUAUCCCAGCUGCCACUAAUUUCAUAGUUUCUUUUCAUCUUUUUAUGUUUGUUGCUGGUUUUUGGACGGCGAGUACCCAGCAUUAGCUGUAGUAUCUAGGCGGUUCACGGCGCUACUCCUUAGUGUAUAGAUGGUACUACAUGGGCAGUCAUGGAUGUAAUAAUUGUAGGUCUUACAUUUUACAUUAUAAAACUGUUUUCUCUACCGAAGGUUAAAAAUAAGGCUUUAAUACUAGACCAGUUAUCACCAAGAACACGAAAUAGUCCUUUUAAGACUUGAGUCCAAAUAUUGAACAUCAAUGAAAUAGUCAUUUUUUUUCUUGGAAUCCCAAAUUCAAAUAUAUAUGUUUUUAAAUCAGUUAAGUUGGGUGAACCAUUCCAUUUUUAAAUUCACAUACAUGUAAUGUACAUGUUUAUAAGGAAUUGAAAAAGUCACUAUAAUAGUAAUAUUUAGAUUUUAACUUGAGGCUAAAUUGUAUGACUGUAUCUUAACAUUAUAAUGAUAGUAAGUUAUCUGAAAUAGCCCUCUUUACUUUCCAUUACUAGUGUAGCACAUGUGGCGAACAGUUAUAGUAAUUAUCUACUGUACGUCACCUAUUGUUCCUCCAACUCCGGUUAUAAUAAUGUAAAAAAUAUCUCUGGUCUUUAAAAAUAUAUUUUGAAACAAGUUUAUUAAUUUCGGUUGGACUUUUUUCACCCGUAAGAAAAUGCAUGGCUCAUUGAAACUUCUGCCUGUUCAAAACUGUGUGGAAAAUUCCAGAGAUAGCAUACAAUGAAAUGAAAGUAAUUUGAAAAUGACUCGCCUGCGAUCGGACUAUAUUACAGGCAAAUUUGUGAUAUGCAUACCAUCUUAAUUACUGGACAGGUGUAAGUUAAUGCAAUAUUUGUUCACUGCUAUCUAAUGAAUAUUAUUGAAUAGUUGUAAAAUAACUAAUUUGAAUAAUUUCUCUUGUGUAGUCUACACAAAGCGCCAUUAGUAUAACAUUUCAUUUUAACCGAUAACGUCCAGUUAAUUCUAAUAUAAAAGCAUACUUCCUAUUCAGCUUUAUUGUUCCGGAUUUGGUAAGAAUUUCUAUUUAUGUUAGACGUUUAGAAAGCACGUAUAACCACAAAUCUACGUCGACAUAAUGUAUAUAAUUAACGUAAUUAAUAUGCCUGUUAAGUCAGAUUUUUUAAUUAUUUCUACGUCCUGAUAAUUAAUUCAAAUUAAUACGCCAUCUACUGCAAGGGUGUAAGCCAUUUCUCACUCAUAACCUAACCUCGCAUGCACAAGUUUAAUGUAUUCAUAACAUUAGCUAUUUAGAUGCAGACGAGUAUAUUGUAAUAUAUACCUAAACUGCGUGGCAUACUUUUUAUUUAUUUAAAUCACCGAAAAUGAAAUGUGUACAACAUAUGAUAACAAAAUCCAUGGGAGUCAGUAUUGACGUUGGUCAACAGCUGGUGUCUGGCUGCGUAUGAGGAACAGUUAAAAGUCAUUCUCAAUCUUUUUAUUAGAUCUUGCUAUAAACUAGAUGAAUUCUGUCUACCGUUAUGAUACUGUAGUUUGAUAGUAUAGUACCCAGAGAAAUAUAUGGCCUCUCGUGAAACUAGCGUUACAUAAGGUCCAAAUAAUCGAUAAACUUCGAAAUUUUGAUUUUGAUUUUUGUAUAGCAUGCAAAGAAUUGCCAACCCUAUGGGACCCCUCCCCCCUCACACACACACACACACACACACACACACACACACACAGACAGAGCUACAGUACUGUAAUUAACUUCUAAAGAUGUGUCGGAUGGUUAUCUCGUGCACUAAUUAGAAUCUAGCUUCAAUUUUUAUCAUUUUUCUAACAAUUUUUCAUUGAUUUCGGUCGUUUUAAUUAACCGUCAUUCAUACAAGGUCAAUCAGAUAGUUAUCAACACUUUUUACCUGUAGAGGGUAUGGGUACUUUUUACCUGUAGAGGGUAUGGGUACUUUUUACCUGUAGAGGGUAUUGGUAUAGGCUAGGCUUUUUAGUGAAAUUAUUUUAUAAAGGAUCGUCAGAAGAUUGUAAACCUUAGUAUUAUGGAAUCGAAAUAUUGAAGCCGUAUUCAUUAUGUGGUUCGAAUAGAAAAUCGUAUUUAUUCUGGGCACUUAAACGAUUUAUAACAAUGGCGCUGAAUAGCUUUGUCCUGGGAGGGCCAUUACCUCUCAACAAAUAUGAGCAUAGAUUUAUGAUAAGUCUUUGAUCUAAAAGUACUACACUAAAUAUUUUUUCAACAGUCUGCUUCAUGAAAGCAAACAUGUUUGUUUUUGUCGAUACUGUUCCGUUCCAUGGCCUUGUAGAUCUUUCAUCAUGAUUUAUCUGCCCAAAAUCAACAAAAAUAGUAUUUAUGAUAUUCGCCGUGCUAAUGAAACCCCGAACCUGACGUUCAAGGGGAAAUAAACACACAUAAAUCACAGUGUUCUUCAGGCCUGGAUCACUGGACUCGCACAAAUACACCACAUAGGAAUUUCACAUUAACGUAUAAAUUGUCAGGAAACAUAUUAAAAUUUUAUAUGUACUUUGGUAUUUAUUUAACUUAUUUUCAUGUAAAAUAAUUCAUAUAUCGCCAAGGUAAAUAAAUUAUUACUAAUGAUGAAGCAGCCUUUUAUAUCAUUUGGAGAAUAACUUUCUCCGACAAAGGAAACGUUUGACGUACGUAGCCAGUCCACACUGCAGGGGUUAAGCACGUGUUUCACACUAUCUAGAUAUAAACUACUACUUCUGUUUAAAUACAGCUAUGACUAGUUGUCUAUACAAUUUCAUUUCGAUGUCCUGGAAAAUUAGAAAUAUAUUCAUACGUUAAAUGGAUUUAAUCGGCAGACAUUGUAAGAGUCGUACUUUGAUGUCGCCGAUCAACCCGCUUUGUUCAGAUGUAAACUCUUCCUAUCACGCUAUGUAGGUCGACACAGAUUUCAAGCGAAAUAUUGCCCGAUAUUUUUUCAGUUAUUUAUUGUUUACCUAGAUCACAAAGAGUCACAAUUUAACGAAGGAAACUCUUUAAUCCGAAUAUUAAUGCGCUACCUGAACAGUGUUACACGGUAACUGAGUGACUUUCUAUGUAACGAUUACUGGUUAUUAAUCUUGAGGAUUCUAUAUUGCGGAUUAACGGGUUUCCUGGUGUUAAUUUGUUGUAGUAUUUAGGUCAUUUCCAUCUUAAGAACUUUUGUUUCGAGUUGUUUAUAUAAAAUGUUUGUUUCCCCGAGUAAGCAGACACAAAUUUCUAAAUAACUGUGUUUUAUUAUGUAAACACGGCAUUCAUUCUGUUAUGAUGAACUACAAAAAAAUGCCAAAACCCAUUAGUGACGUAUGACCGGAAGUUGGUGUGAGAUGUGAACGGAAGUUGAUGCGAGAUACAUUUGGUUUGAGAUGUGAGGAGCACUUGAUGUUUAAUGUGUGGGCACUUGGAUUCGAGGUACACGGGUAGUACUAAACUGUGGAAGUUUUAAACGUGAAGGAUGUAUGUCAAAUGAUAAAUGUGUAUGUUUGUGAAAUUAUGAAAAAGUACAUUAAUGUAUAAUUAUUAUAGUGCUAGAUGCGACAGAUAGUUGCAUCUUUAAAACAGUUUUGUAAAACACUGAUUUAAAGGCGUCCUGUCUUGAGAAAAGCGUCCCUUGGUGGUUGAUCUUGGAAGCAAUAAUUAGAGCGACUUGGAAGGCUCCUCUCGAGACAGGGUGUCAGCAUUGCAUUAUAAGGCCACCCUAUUAGGAGGCAAUCUUUUCAAAGUUGUUGAUAUUGUACUAUGGCAAAAAAAGUUUAUUAAUAAAAUAUUGUUUUUCUAAA